UAUAUAUAUAUAUAUAUAUACAUACAUAUAUACAUAUAUGUAUAUAUAUAUAUAUAUAUAUCCUCCAAAGACCAACCAAAAAAAAAAUCCCCUUUGGAGGAGUGUCAUUACUUUUAAAUAUCUUCCCUAUCACGACGCACGAUUUUCUCAAAUCAUUGACGAUCCCAUAAUGACAAUAUCGGCAGCACGAGCGAUUAUGUUCUGUUUGAAACGCUUAUGGUCACUGGCCUAUGUCAGUAGCUACUUUUUGCAUGCUCCUGCCUUUAGAAUAGUACGUGAAUAUAAGGGUAUAGAGAAAAAAUAGUAGAUGACGAUAAAUGAUGUAUAAUAUUAUCGACAUUGUCACGACGUCGAUCAACCUUUCUUAUCUUACAAUUAGUUAGAAAAACGGAUACACGAUACGAUGAUACUUUGCGAGUCAUUUUUCUACAUUAGUCGUAACUCGGUUGUGCGUAUCGAUAUAUAUAUAUAUAUAUAUAUAUAUAUAUAUAUAUAUAUGUAUGUGUGUGUGUGUCGAAAAGUAUUUCUUGACAAUGGGUACAAGUGAACGAAGAGAUCAGCCGAGUAAAUCUUUUCAGCCAAAAAAAGAUUUGGUGGUUUCUAAUUUUUAGCGUAAUUUAAGACUUAAAUAUUAAGACUAUUUAAUAAAACACUAAUUAUUGCCGUUUACACUUAAUCACGAGUAUAUUGUCGAAAUUCUUUUUAAGAGAUUAAAAAGAGGAGUAUCAUCUCAAAGAGAUGUGUGUGCCAAAUAUCUCGAUAUUACUUGUUUUAUUAUUUUUAACGAAAAUUUAGGAUAUUUUUUUCUUUUCUUUUUUUUUUUUUUUUUUUUUUUUUAUUAAAUCCUCACAUAUAUUUCUUUUAUUAUUGAUUCAAUUCUUAUUACUUGUUUAAAUUUUCUCUAUAUUAAUGAAAAUUUAUAAAAAUCAGUAUUAUUAUUUCAAGCGUAGUUUAUGUACAGUUAAGUGUUUAUAUAUUAAUAUUAUAUAUAAUUAAUGAAUAAUAUUUCUAAAUGCAUUAUGCAUUCGUUAUUCGAUAUAGUUAAACUAUCAAAACAUUUUGUUACGAGUUCAUCGGAAAAUCAAUAAAGCGAAUAAAAUGAUCAAUUAAUUUGUAAAUUAUUUACCAAUCCAUAUUCUUCGUCUUUUCCGUUUAAAGUAAUUUUAUAAAACCAAUUAACCUUGUCCUUCUAUAUCUCGCUUUAGAUAUUAACAAAAUAAAAACAGAUUUUCUAUUCCACCUACGGUCUGGAGAUUAAAAAUAUAAAUUAAAAAUAUAGAUUAAAUGACACGAAUAAAUGAGACAUACGUUCUAUGGUGAAAGCUUUAUUAAAUAUAAUAUGUAUAAUUCUUAAAAUACCAGCUUAUGAGAAUGAAAUUGUAAGAAGGCAAGUGCACUUCCAUUCGUUCGAAAGAAAAUCGUAUCGGUUAAUUAUAAUCCAUAUGUACAUACAUACAUACUUACAUGUAAUAGAAAAGAGAUUAUUCUAAUUAGACUGUUUCAACUUCGGACAGAUCAUAAUCCUUAAGACUUUGCAAAUAUUAUCGACCUGUAAAUCCUUUAAAUACGACUAUCGUAAUGAAAAUUUAAUCAUUUGAUAGAGCCAUGUCACGACAAUCGGUAGUUCUAUCGUUUCUCUCUUGUUUUUUAUUCGUUACGUUGAACAGCGUAACGUCUAAAGUACUUCCCCCAUCGUUAUGGACAAGCUAUCCUUCAAAAUCAGUUUAUUCGAGAUCACUCGGACCACCUGUACCUGGGUAUAGUACAAUAAACGUACCGUAUAUGUCCAAAUCACCACUUUUUCCUAAAUUCGUUGAUCCGAAAGCUAUGAUCUCUAAAAAGACUGAUUUAUUGAACAAUCUUUUUGGUGGAAUGGGUACGAUUCCCUGGACUGCAGAUAGCUCCAAAUUGUUACCAAAUAGUCCUUUUCAAUAUCUUACGGCGGACGAACAAAGUGAUUCCCCUGAGACGAAAAUGAAUGAUAUUGCUCAAUUGUACGAAAUUUCGAAAUUUAAAUCUACUCUACCGUCGCAGGAAGCUAAGAGAAGCGUGACCUUGUUCGCAAACGAUCCAGAAUCUCCAUUGAAAAAUACAGUGUUGAAUGAUAAUACCGAGCUAAAAGAUUCUAAUUUGUUAAAGAAUGAUGACAAUUCAAAUCCCGAGGAUAGUCAAACGCCUGAAAAAGAGAGCAAUCCUAAUGUGGUAAAGGAAUAUCUCCCAGGAAUGUUUCCUCCUGUUGCAAUGGAUCCGUCGAUGUUUAUUGAAAAAAAAUAUUCCUUUUUGGACACGCUAUUUAAAAAUCUUCCAACGAGUAGCACUAUUCCUAGUUUUACCGAACCAACACCAAAAAGUACCAUCGUACCACCUGAAUUUUGGAUUCCAAACUCUCUGAUCGUUAGUCCAACGGAAUAUAAUGAAAAAGUAUCGGCGUUCUUGGAUAAAUUAUACGAAAAUUUAACAUUAAACAAGACUGAAGCUGAGAAUGAAACAUCUUCAGUUUCUGGAACGAGAACAGCAAGAUCAAUCGAGGAUGUAUCUUCUAUCAUCGCUGCUAAAGACGCUUUCGUAAAUGCGAUACUAUUGCAAUUAAGUGUUUUAAAGAAUGAAAUGAUCUCGGUUCUAAAUGAUACGCUGACUUAUCAAAAAUCCUCAAGCGUACCUUCUCCAAUAUCAAAGAAACCAUUUCUACCAAGUAUGUGGAUGAAGCCAACAGUGGACGCGAUGUUACCUUUGAAGCAAAAAAUGGCAUUUCUUGAUCAAAUGUUCGACAUGUUGCUCGAUUUACAAAAGAAUGUAUCUGCAAAUAUUCUAGAAACCGUAAAGUCUGAACUGAAUGUACAAGGUGAUGUUCAAUCGUUAAAUUUAACCGACGAAUCUUUGACAAGUACUGACGAUAGCUUGUUAAAUGAGCUUCUUUUAGAUACCAUUAAGCAAAGUUUAGCACAAAGUGUUCAAUAUCCAACAGCUCCUUCUAAAGAUACUGUCAAAAAAGUAGCUCGAUCAUCGCCAAGCACAACAUCAUUUUGGGUUGCUUAUCCGGAGAGUACUCAUACCGUUGCUAAACGACACACUCCUGAAAAUAAUUUUCAAUAUCCCUUACAAAGAGGAAAUAAAUUUAAUUAUUCAAAAGACAAACUGGAUCCGAGCCAAUCCGCGGAAAUGUUACAGAAAUAUGACAAGGGAGAUACCGACUUUGAUUAUGAUAUCGAUGGGCAAAGAGAGAAUAUAGAGAAAUUUAAAAGAUAUGUUAAGUGGAUGAAAUAUAUUAUGAACGAACACAAAGAAGGCAAGCAUCAUCAUCAUCAUUAUUAUUAUUAAGUUGUUUUAAGAAUCUAUAAAUAUUAUUAUUAUUAUAUCUCGUAAUUCGAAAUAUUAAGUUGAAACUAAAGCUUGUAGAUGAUAUUGAUUCUAUAAAUAAA